AUGUGGACACGUGGAGCCGGAUAUGCGGUGAUGGGUGGGUCCCACUCCCUGAAGUACAGAGAAACCUGUGAUCUAAAUCCAGGGGUGGACUUGGAAGUAGAACCUGGAAAGCGUCGGUGGGAUAAUACAGGUAGCACCGUUCAGUUGCCAGCUAAAAAACGAGCGAUAAACAGCUCGUUAGAAGAAGUGCAUCUAGGUCAACAACACUUGAUUCUGAAUGGAUGUCUUGUCAAAUGGUCGCGUGGCCUAAUGGAUAAGGCGCUCGCCUCCGGAGCGGGAGAUUGUGGGUUCGAGUCCCACCGUGAUCUUUCAGACUACGUAGAUGGUGAUAUGUACAUUGUAAUUCAGUCUGCUGAUGAGUGA